AUGGCGACCCGUCAAAUCACUCGGCGCAUUGUCAUCAGCGUCGCAUUUUCCAUCGGUCUCAUCUUCUUCCUGUUCAUUCGGCCCCAGGGCCCGCCGUCCCCGGCCAUUCGAGCCCCGGGACAUAUCGAUCACUCUGCUCCGGCGACUGGACCCCCGCCGGCGGUUCAUGUCGAGGAUGGAACAUUGAAAGGCGAUGUGGUGAUGCCCAAGCUGGGCAAUGCAACAGCCAAGGCUGAACUCGGCCGUGCGGCAUGGAAGUACUUCCACACGGUGAUGGCGCGUUUCCCGGAGAAGCCUACUCAGGACCAGCAGGAUGCGCUGCGUUCCUAUAUCUAUUUGUUCGCGCGGCUCUACCCUUGCGGUGAAUGUGCCUCGCAUUUCCAGCAGCACAUUACCAAGUACCCGCCCCAGGUGUCUUCGCGAAAGUCGGCUGCCGGCUGGCUGUGUUUCAUCCACAACGAGGUCAACGCCAUGCUCGACAAGCCGGAAUUCGAUUGCGCCAACCUGGGUGACUUCUAUGAUUGCGGCUGCGCCGACAAAGAAGAGGGCGAUAGCAAGUCUGGCGGGGGAAAGUCUGGUGAGGGCAAGUCCGGUGAGAGCAAGUCCGGUGAGAGCAAGGUUGGCGAGGGCAAGGACGGCCAGUCUACGCUGCCUCGGUCCGGUGGCGCAGAUGGUAAAUCUCAUGACAAACAUGCCGUGGAGAUCUCGAAGGAAGAGACUACCCGCGGUUAA